GUGGUGUGGCAACAGUGGCGACUGGCGACUACGAAAUCAACAAGACCGGAGGCGCGUGUCUAACGUCAGUCCGCCAUCCGUCAAACACCAUACAUUUUUUUUUUCUUUUCUGAUGAAAAAUCAACCACCGCAUCGUCUUCUUAUGUUUAUUAUUCCCUUUAGAGUUUAGCCCAUUUUCAAAACCAAACAAAACUUUUGGCAGCCACAAUUUCCCCGGAAAACUAAUACUGAGUGACCACUAUAUACUACUACUACUACAAUAUAUAUAUAAGCUUAUCACCCAUCUCCCCAACAACUCCCUCUCCAGCAUUAUCCCCGAGUCAUCUCCGAGUUGGCUCCGAUUCUCUGGGGUUCAGUUCAACGAAACAAUGGAGGUCGUCGAAACUCACGCUCACGCUCUCUCUUCCUUUGAUCACAACUCCAAUCCUACUUUUCCUUUUACUCCCGCUGCUUCGGGUUUCGAGCAUCCGGAGCGUCGCAGCGCCCUGGUGUCUCGAAGCCCCGACUUUAGCGGGUACAAUAACUCCGACUCUCCGGUGGUUCCGGAGGGUUUAGAGUCGGCGGUUUCUGCCGGAGAUAAUGAUCGUGAAUGCCUCGACAUUGGUGACGGCAUGGUGUCGGUUCUGAACUCCGUUGCGGAUCCUUCGGCGGAUGACGACCUUCAGAAAUGCGUCGCCGGAGAAGGAGAUGUCGCUGCGCGGAAGUUGGAGAGGUGUUCGUCGGAUGCGGCGAUGAGGCUGCAGAAAGCCUACCGGGGUUACCGCACCCGGCGCAUGUUGGCCGACUCCGCCGUCGUCGUGGAGGAGCUCUGGUGGCAAGCUAUAGAUUAUGCUCGAUUGAACCAUAGCACGAUUUCAUUUUUCAAUUUUUCCAAGGAAUCGCCUGUUUCGCGGUGGAGCCGUAUCAGCUUGAACGCUUCCAAGGUGGGUCAAGGAUUAUCUAAGGACGCCAAGGCACAGAAAUUAGCUUUCCAGCACUGGAUUGAAGCCAUUGAUCCAAGACAUCGUUAUGGGCACAGCUUACACAUAUAUUAUGAAGAGUGGUGUAAAGCUGAUGCUGGACAACCUUUCUUUUACUGGUUAGAUAUUGGAGAAGGUAGAGAAGUUGAUCUUGAAAAAUGCCCGCGAUCAAAGCUCCGUCAGCAGUGUAUCAAGUAUCUUGGACCUCAAGAAAGGGAACAUUAUGAGUAUGUGGUCAUCGACGGGAAAUUUCUGCAUAAGCAAACUGGAAAACAUCUUGAUACAAUGACUGGACCCAAAGGAGUGAAAUGGAUCUUCGUCAUGAGCACCUCUAACAAACUCUAUGCUGGAGUGAAGAAGAAAGGAAAUUUCCAUCAUUCCAGUUUCCUUGCUGGUGGGGUUACUUUAGCUGCUGGAAGGCUGGUAGUAGUUGAUGGAACGCUUAAGUCAAUCUCAGCUUACAGUGGACACUACCGCCCUACCGAUGAUAGCCUUGACAGCUUCCUACAAUAUCUGAAGGAAAAUGGUGUUAACCUGGAUGCAGUUGAGAUUCGAAGAGCGAAUGAAGAUUACGACAACUAUGAAGACGGGAAAUCAACCAAAGAGGUUCCAAGUUCUGAAGCUACAAAAGUGUCAGAUUCUCUUGAAGCUAAUGAUCCAGAUGAUAAGUUGGAACCAGCCGAAGUUCCGAAAACUGAAACUGUUGUGGAGUAUAAGAGGACUCUCUCAGGGGGUCUUCAGAGUCCUAGAGCGGAGGUCCCAAAGAAAGUGAUAUUGCAAAGGAUAAACUCCAAGAAAGCUGCAAGUUCCUACCAGUUAGGGAAUCAACUGUCACUGAAAUGGUCGACUGGCGUGGGGCCUAGGAUAGGUUGUGUUGCUGACUACCCUAUAGAGCUAAGGUUGCAGGCAUUGGAGCUCACUAACCUGUCACCAAGACAAUCUUCCCAGUCGUCGGCAACCACCCCCAGGCGCGGUUGUCUUGCCUCUCCCGUCAGAUGGUCAUCACAAGAAUUUGCUAACAAAGAUGUGGACACUUGAAUUUUGUCUAGUUUGGGUGUUCGCUGCUUUCCUUUGUUUUGGUGUUUUUUCUUUUUUCAUCUAUGAGACAAGGUUGGGCUUUUGUACAGGAACACAAUAUAAAUUGGAAGUCUAACAAUCCCAUCUUUUGGAACUUACUGUUGACUACAAGACAGAAUUCUGCAAAUCGAAUCAUGUGAAUCGCAGCUCAUUAAUUGGUAAUAUGCACACUAAUCCAAAAAAAAGAAAAAAGAAAAAAAAGAAGAUGUAUAGAGGUCGUAGUAAACUGGAAUUUUGUCUAGUAUGCGGCUUUAUUUCAUUAUUUGUUUUGCUUUCUCUCUUUUUUUAUGUAACAAGUUUGGGCUGUUAUAAAUGGCCACCCAGGAAUUCACAAAUCUGACUUUGUAACCCACUGGAUGACCAAAACAAGCCCAUCUUUGCAGCUAAUAUUCGCUGAGUUUAGUUAUGUGGUUGCAACUCGCCAGUCUCCUCUAAUGAGAAAUUCAAACCCAACCACCCCUUUGAAAGUUAUCGAUCAUAA